CGGCCAAUCGCGGGUGGCCUGGGUCACGACGACGCGGAGGCCCGCGGCCUGCGAGCGGCGCUGUGGGCCUGUCGGGAGGCCCCUGGAAGCCGCCAUAACGCCGCUCGCCCUCCCGCCCUCCCGCGUCCUAACGUCUCCGUCGCCGGCUCGGCGCCGCCGUCAUGGCCGACGUGGAAGACGGCGAGGAGACCUGCGGCCUGUCUUCUCACCCCGGGAGCGCAGGCUCCAAGUCGGGGGGCGACAAAAUGUUCUCGCUCAAGAAGUGGAACGCGGUGGCCAUGUGGAGCUGGGACGUGGAGUGCGAUACGUGCGCCAUCUGCAGGGUCCAGGUGAUGGAUGCCUGCCUGAGAUGUCAAGCUGAAAACAAACAAGAAGAUUGUGUUGUGGUCUGGGGAGAAUGCAAUCAUUCCUUUCACAACUGCUGCAUGUCCCUGUGGGUGAAGCAGAACAACCGCUGCCCGCUGUGCCAGCAGGACUGGGUGGUCCAAAGAAUCGGCAAGUGAGAGUGGCGGAGGCAGUCUUGAUGGAGAGCUGUGUUCAGAGCCCUGGUGCAGUGCAAGCGCCCCAAACUGCUGCAACGCUCCAGGGGUUAGCUCUUCAGGGUGGAGGCAGUGCGUCUGUGAGCCUGUAGGACUCAUCCAAGGGGCAUGGGGUAGCAUAUUGUCCGUUUUAUUUUCAAAAAUUUUUGACAAGAAUGUAAUUUAUUAAAGCUGGUCUUUCCUACCUCUGUGGUGUGUGUCAUGCACACUGUUGAGAAGUGCUAUUAUAGAGGAGAGAGCUCAAGUCAAAUGACCUAUGUAAAUUACUGUUGACAUGCAAGAGGCGGUGGAAGCUGAAAGUUGAAAGAACAUUUUGCAUGCGUUUGGUUGGUCAGUUAUCAAAAAGUGAAUGUUACAAAUACAGUUUAAAAUUCAGCAGUUAUCCCUGAUUUGUUACUGGUAGUUACCCGUGAUGGAGAGGGGGAGGAUAGUCCCUGAA